UCGUGGUCGCCGCCGUGGGCGGGGCCGGGAGGUCGCGACUGACCCUCGACCCCGGUGGGUCGCGGCGCCGCGCACUCGCUCCCGGGUCCCGAGCAUGACGAGCCGAGCCGGAGGGUCCGCGCGCGCUCUGGUCGCCGCGCUGCUGGCGCCGGCGCUGGUGGCGCUUCUGGUGGCGCCGGCGCGGGGCCGGGGCGGCCGGGGUCACGGCGACUGGGACUCCGCCGCGCCGCUGCCGCCGCUGCCGCCCCGCGAGGACGCGGCGCGCGUGGCCCGCUUCGUGGCGCACGUGUGCGACUGGGGCGCGCUGGCCACGGUGUCGGCGGAGCCCGCGGUGCGCGGCCGGGCCUUCGCCGACGUGCUGUCGCUCAGCGACGGGCCCCCGGGCGCGGGCCGCGGCGCGCCCUACUUCUACCUGAGCCCGCUGCAGCUGUCGGCCGCCAACCUGCGGGAAAAUCCACAUGCUACGCUGACUAUGUCUUUGGCACAGACGAACUUCUGCAGGAAGCAUGGAUUUGAUCCCCAAAGUCCCCUCUGUGCCCACAUAAUACUGUCAGGAACCGUUACCAAGGUGAACCAGACGGAAAUGAGCUUUGCCAAGCAUUCCCUGUUUGUCCGACACCCUGAGAUGAAAACCUGGCCGUCCAGCCAUAAUUGGUUCUUUGCCAAGUUGAAUAUAACCAACAUCUGGGUCCUGGACUACUUUGGUGGACCAAAAAUAGUGACACCUGAAGAAUAUUAUAAUGUCACAUUUCAGUAA